AUGGAGUUCUUCAACAAAGCUAAAUCUGUGAGACUCAGAAGCCACCUUGGCAAGUACCUCGUCGCCGACGACGAUGAAGAGACCGUCCGGCAAAGCAGUAACGGCUCCUCAAGAAAAGCCCGUUGGACCGUCGAGUUUGUGGAAGGGAAUAGCCAUGUCAUUCGUCUCAAGAGCUUUCAUGGCAAGUACCUCACCGCCUCCGACGAGCCUUUCCUUCUAGGUAUGACAGGAAAAAAGGUGGUCCAAACUAUACCGACUACGAUGAAGGAUAAUUCUAUAGAGUGGGAGCCGAUAAAGGAAGGGUUUGAAGUGAAGUUAAGGGCAAAAGGAGGGAAGUUCUUGAGGGCUAAUGGGGCCACACCGCCAUGGAGGAACUCUAUAACUCAUGAUCUUCCUCACAGAACUGCAACACAAAGUUGGGUUUUGUGGGAAGUCGAUGUAGUGGACAUUUGUGUAUUGGACUUGGAGUCUGAGUCAUUGCCUAGCUACAUGUCGCCGGCGUCAAGUUUUUCUUCAUCACCGGCCGACGAUUUUACGGUUUCAGACUCUCGCUCCCCAUCAAUCGCCCCUGAGAGCCGUUCGUCUUCAAUCUUCCCCUAUAGAUCCAGACCCUCUAGUGGAAGACAGAACGGAAUGGAGCUAUUUGACAAAGCUAAAGCAGUUAGACUCCAAAACCACCACGGCAAGUACUUAGUUGCCGACGAUGAUGAACAGACCGUCCGGCAAAGCCGUAAUGGCUCUUCCCACAAGGCACGUUGGACAGUCGAGUUCAUCGAAGGAAAACCCCAUGUUAUCCUCCUAAAGAGCCACCACGGCCUGUACCUCACCGCCACCGACAAGGCAUUCCUUCUCGGAAUGACCGGAAAAAAGGUUCUUCAAACUCUUCCGGCGACAAAGUCGGACACUUCAAUCGAGUGGGAGCCUAUAAAAGAAGGGGCUUUCCAUGUGAAGCUUCGAACAAGCCAAGGGAAGUUCUUGAGGGCAAAUGGCGGAACACCUCCUUGGAGGAACUCCAUAACUCAUGAUGUUCCUCAUAGAACUGCGACUCAGGAUUGGGUUUUGUGGGGAGUGGAUGUUGUGGAUAUAUCGUUGUCGGAUUCGGAGUCGUUAUCGAGCUGUACAUCGACGGCGUCAAACUUUUCUGCAUUGGCAGAUGAUUUUUCUGGGUCGCCGGACACCGGGUCACCGAUAGUCGUUUCCGCAGGAAGGCUUGGACAUGCCUCUACGAGGCAGGUAAAUCGAUUAACUUUGCCAAAUUGA